AAACCGUUUACUAUGUGACCUAAGUCAGUUGGCCUCUUCUUUUUUUAUUUUCUUUUUUUUUAAUUUGUUGAUUUUUUUCAAAAUUUUUGUAUCUCUGUGUUUCCACAAAUCAAUUAUCAUGGUCUGUUUAGCCAUUUUAACAAUUAAUAUCGGUCUAUUAUACCUCUUUCUAUUGAUGAACGGAGUCGAAGCUUAUCGAGGAAAGGUCACCAUUGAGGAAUAUCCAUAUUUGGGCUCACUACGUUACCGCAAAAAGGAGUCUGAAUUGGCUGGCAGUGGAUACAUAUGUGCGGCGACUCUUAUUCACAAUCGUGUGCUUAUCACAACUGCCGAAUGUAUAAAAGGAAAAAAAGCAGAGGAUAUACUGGGUGCAGUAGGGUCUACGUACCUGCAAGGUAUAACUACAACAUCCCUAGUACUGGGAAUCGCUGCUUUCAGAUGUCAUGGCUUGUAUAAACGUGGCGUAUCGAGCUACAAUAUUGGACUGGCCUUCACUGAUGAAGAUACACUGCCCAUUAAAGGAAAACUUGGAUAUGUACCGAUAGCCAUGACGAAAAUAAGACCAUUCACAAAAUGUGUUGGAAUCGGCUGGGCUGCAGAUACUGAUGUAUUGAGCACACAUCCUAUUGCACUACCAAACUAUAGUGUCUCCCCAAAAACUUGUUAUAGACGGACACGUACAAUUGGUAUGUUUUGCACUUUCAAAAGAUAUUACAGACAUUCUGAACCGGACCAUAGCGACUCUGGUAUCCCGAUAAUGUGCAACGGUAGACUUACGGGACUAUUCAUCUUACAUAGAGCCUCACGAUUGCAUGUGUUUACAUCUGUGUAUGCAUUUAGAAAAUGGAUAAACGGAGCCAUUUACCUCCACUUCAAAAAAGAUCUGCCAGUGACGGAAUCGAUGGCAUCGAUGGAUGGCUCGAUUUGCUUCCAGUGGCUACUUGUUUUGGCCAUUAGCAUUUAUUUGGUGGGCUGACCCUAAAAACAUUAAUGUGUAAAUUGCUAUAUAUGAUAUUAAUUUUAUUUCUACAUUAAAAAUUAAUGUUCUUGCA